AUGAUCACAUACGUGCACUGCCUGUCCUCUGAGCCGGUGGUCAGCUGCUGGCACAGGGCCUGCUAUGAGGACCCCUCUGUGGAGAAGCGGUUCCUGCGCUCCUCCCAGCACGCAAAGACCAUGGGCAACAGCCUCCAGGCCGAGGCCUUCCCCAGCCCCAGGCCGGUCAGGCCCGACGGCUGCCUGCGCAAGCACCUGCUCUCCAUGUCCAAGGUGCACCAGAAACAGGACUCUCUCUGGACACCCAAACCACUUCUGGGACCUGUCGCCAAGGGCUCGUCAGGACACACACACACCUACCAGGACGGCAAAGGGGCAGUGUUUGACCGACAGGCCAGCAUCCGACGCUCCCUCAUUAACACUGACACCGUGUCCCGCCGGCCCAAGAAGGUCAAACGCAGAAAGACUAUAUCAGGGCUGCCUGACAACGUCAACCAGGAGCUAGCAGCAAAAGGACGCGGUGGAGAGCUCCGGCCCCAUUCCAUGUUCAUCCCAGGUCAGUACUCCACCCUCGGUAGAGUCGGGAGCAUCAACUCAACACUCCGACAUUCUGAGACCAGAGACUCCGGCUGCCAGACUGAGGAGGUGAAAAUUGUUCCCCCGUCCAUGAGGAGGAUCCGGGCUCAGAGGGGUCAAGGAAUUGCCGCCCAGAUGGCUGGGAUUUCUACUUCGUCCUCGACAGGAAGUAUAUCCAUAUCCAGUAGCGAUUGCUCUGGGAUUCUCGUCCUACCCCCACAGCUGAACGGAGAUGCCUCCCGCUUCCACAGUCUGCCCCGACAGGGUGCCAGGGUGUCCCUUAGUGCUGAUCCAAUCUACAGUAGCACCCCAAUCAGGUCGGAGGACCAAACUACACCCCAGAGGCAGAUAGGCAAGCUGCAGGUGGACGACACAGUGGUACACCUGAGAAACGCCCCCAGGAUAGGCACCCUGCCCAGGCCCAUCCAAGAGGUGAGAGGUUCCCAGACUGGUGAGUGGGGCGGUGGUCCAGCUUGCAUGGUCUCCCCACAUGCUGCGUACUCCACCUCCCUCAUCCCCAAUGCCACCUUGUCUAGCUCAACUGAGGUCAUUGCCCUCCAUACCUCCACCCAGCACCCCCAUUCUCCAGCCGCAUCCUACUCCACAGUUAGACCUGUCAACGUGCCCAACUCUAUCAUCACUGACCCCCUGAAAACAAGCUCCCCAGCCUUCACCCACAACUCCACCUGCCAAGCUCUGGCCACUUCCACCCCAACUCACACACCACAAGAUGGUGGUCUAGUCACUUCAGCAACCCCCAGUGAAUCAGGCCGUUCAGACAGUAGUGUACACAGCCACAGCACACUGGCAGCCACUCCACCACCUACCCUAGGGGAGGAGCAAUGGAUCUAUGACACGCCAGAGAACGUGGGGGGUCCAUGCCGCCCCCUAACUUCCAGCUGCUCUACGCCCAUUAACCACCUCUAUAGCAGCCUAGAGCAGUCCUCCAGGACCACCACAGACUCUAGUUCCCUCUACUCCCAGGACAAUGAUGGUUAUUACACCUCCAUGCACUUGGACUCAGGCCUGCGCUCACGCAGUUACGGCAGUGGCCAAGGCCACGUGCAGCAGCUGGCCGUGCCAAGGCACAGCAUGUACGAGUGCCGAGAGAUAGCCAACCAGGAGGACUGCAGUCUAUACAGUGACCGCUCUCUUUCCCGCAGCAUCUCUCUCCGAAAGGCCAAGAAGCCUCCACUGCCCCCCAGCCGCAUGGACUCCCUCCGGCGCAAGCCUGGUGUGAAGAAGCCCAUCGGAGGCGUUAGUGCCAUCAACGGAGCUAGUGAGGAAAACAGCGCAGUGCUCAACGAGACUCUGAUUGCAAGCUUGCAGCAGAGCCUACAGAUGGGGCUGAGAGGAGGGAAGGGAAAGGGUGCCUCCCCAUCAUCGCCCUCCCACAGCCCCUGCAGCGACUAUGAUGACCCAUGGGUGCUGCGGCCUCGCAGCCAGAGCAGCAUAAGUGCCGGUAGCUCUGCGGCGUCUCUGGCAACUAACACUAAUGGCAGUGGUGUGACUAACGUAUACUCUCUCUGUCAUGUGACACCGGCUCACAGUGACACCAGCAUUCGCUCCGACUACGCUGAGUCAUGGGGCUACUACAUAGACUACCCUAACCCUCGAAACCAUGGAGACCAGGGGCCACAGACCCCAUCAGCACACCCCAUAGCCAACAUGUCAGUUGGGUCUCAUGCGGAAAGGCUGCAGAAUGGAGUUGGUAUCCUCGGCCCGAGCAACAGCCAGGCCUCUGCGGCUGUAGGCCAGGAGGGAGGGAUGGCAGUGAAGCCGAAGAAGCUUCCUCGUCUCCAGACAGGGGUGCACAGACUGACUUCCCCCUCCAGCGGCUACUCGAGCCAGUCUAACACUCCCACAGCUGGAACCCCUGUGCCCUCCUUCAUCAGAUCCCUGUCCCCAUCUGGAAGCGCCAAGCCAAAAGUACCGGAGAGGAAAUCCUCGCUCCUCUCAUCUGUGUCCAUUUCUUCCUCCUCUACCUCCCUCUCCUCCAACACCUCGGACUCACUCAAGAGUUCUGGCCCCCCUCCACACCCCCCUCCACCCCUGCCCCUCUCCUCCUCAGCUCCCCCACACCCCACUCACUGCACCUCCACCUUUCCCUCCCCCUCUCCCACCAAAUUCCAGCCCUUGCUCUCCCCUUCCCACCCCAGCCCGUCCUUCAGUGGAUCUCUCAGUCCUCCCCCUCCUCCUCCUCCACCUCCACUCCCAUCCACGGGCAUCCUCCCACCUCCGCCUCCCCCACUCCCUGCUGCCAUACCAUCUUCCACCUCUCCAUUUGCUCUUAAAGCAGUAAAGGCUGCUUCUAAACCAGAGAGCCUAGUCACCACCAACAGCCCCACCAAGGACAGCAAAUCACCUAAGCCCCUCAUCACACCCUUUGCACUGCAAAGUGUUCAGCUUCGCUCAGUCAAACGGCCAGAGAAGCAAAUCAAUGGUGAGGUGAAUCAUACUAAAGCACAGGAGUUGGGGGUGGAUAUUAUUCGAGCUCUGAAGCCCCAGAUGAUAGAGAAGUCUAAAUCCAGGGAGCCUCCCAUUGUGUUUCCUGUCUUAAACUGCUCAUUCCUGGAAGAAAGCUUGCGUAAGUCCUCACAAUCACCUGUGUCGAAGCUCCUGGAGGAGCUGUCAGUGGACUGCAGUGGCACUGACAAGGAAUCUGAUAGUACUACACUUAAUGGGAAGUCUGAAAGUCAGCCUCUCCCUGUUGUUAAUGGUAAAAAAGCAGAAGAGCGGGAAGAAGGGGAGACUGUAUUGGGUUCCUCAGAGGCCACCAAAAGCUCUCCCGUCAAACAGAAACCCCCUGUCGUCUCCAAGAAACCCAAACUCUCUAUUAUCGUCCCUCCGCUCGGCAUAGUGCCAUUCACAGAACAGGUUUCCUCCCAAGUGAAGGACAUGACCUGUCUGGCCUCUGCAGAAGACCAAGUGGAUGCCCCCCACAGAGAAAGUGUGGAUGAAGUAAAGGAGAGUGAAUGUGAGCAAGAGGGAGAAGAAAGUCUGUGCAGCUCUGAGCCUCAGACAGAGUACUGCGAGUCAUUCACUGAGAGCCAGGAGGAGCAUCAGAUCUUUGCUUCCAUGACUCAAGAGAUGAGUCUUGACCACAGCAAGGCACUGAUGGAGAGGCUCUUAACCAGCAGCACCACUGGCUCUAUCAGCUCCAAGGAGGAAGAGAGUGGUGAAGUGUUUGACUCCAGUUUGGUUGACUCUUUGCCGGUCCCCACCGCCAACGGGACCCAUCAGCGGGUCAUGGUGACACCCACCCGACCCCGCACCACCGAGGACCUCUUCGCUGCCAUUCACAGGUCCAAGCGGAAGGUCCUGGGUCGCAGGGAGUCUGAGGAGGAGAAGUCGCGGGGUGGGAGCCAACCUCAGUCUCCGCCUGUCACCCCGACAGGGAUGUCCCCAGGCUUUACGUCCUCGCUGCCCCGCCAAACAGGGUCCAUCCAGCGCAACCUCCGCAAGUCAGCCACCAGCAGUGACACCUUCAAGGCCCUGCUCCUAAAGAAGGGCAGCCGCUCUGAGACCAGCUUCAGAAUGUCCGCCGCCGAGAUGCUGCGCUCCACCGACCCACGCUUCCACCGGGCGCAUGAGUCGGCUUCCUCUCUGACGCCGCCGCAAAGCCCCCUCGCCUCCCCCAGCCGCAGCAAGAGGGCGGUGGAUGAGUGGAACCGCAACGAAGGCUUGGCCCUCUCCUCCCCCUCUCCGUCGUCCACUAUCCCGAGUGGGAUGAAAUACGGGCGCUCGCGCACGCCGCCCUCCGCUGCCAGCAGCAAGUAUAAUGCACGCAGCCGCAUCCUCAGCAGCCCCAUGACUGUUAUCUGUGAGCGUGAGGGGGAGCUGGCAGAGAGUGAUACAGGAGACACCGUGGACAGCCCCCUGGCCCAGACCCUCCCUUUGUUCAAGGACUCCAAUGGCACUUUAUCUGAAGAGAGCAGCAGUUAAAGAGCAAGGACCACCCCAAGAUAUGGGGAGCUGAACUUAUUUGUGGUCACUACGAAGGAGGAACCAUCAGAGGGCCCUCCAGAGACUCUGACACCUCCCUGAGCCCAAGCCCCUUGGCCCCGGGCCCCACUGGGACUGGGCUUGCUCCUGAGGGAGCGACCCGUGAGCCGCUGUCGUGGAGUAGGGUGUACUUAGUCUGAAGUGGAAAACUGGCUUAACUGCAGCUUCCAAAACUCAGUUUCCCUUGAUUCUCAUUUUUAUGCUUCUUUUUUGUGACUCACCCUUUCGUGUUACAAGAAAAGUAAUAGUGUUUCUUUUAGACCUGGUGUUCCAAGUUUGUUUCCUAUUUGUUUUGCUCAGUUUUAAUUGACCUCAGAGCUUUUGCUGGUUCUAAUAGUUUGCAGAGGCCCUUCUUUAAUUUUUGAGAGGUUUCUCUAAGGACUAGGUGAGAUGGCAAGCUAAGGUGAGACGAAGGAAAAGUUCGGAGCUUGUGUAUUUUGCUGCAGUGGAUGGUGCUAAGUAGCUAGGCAGUUGGACCGAGUGGAACGUGAAGGUGUUUCUAACAGUAGCCUCUGCUUACCUUCUGUUAGCUGGUGUCGGGCUCCUGCGGCUCGUAGUCUGGGAUGAACUAAAGGGAUGUGGUACAACAGAACGCUCAAAGGUACGGCUCCACCUAUGGUUCUCGCUGGGUUUCUCUUUCUGCCGAUAAGUCCGCGGUUUCGUUUGUAGAGCUGGUAUUUACAAUGGUCAGUGAGAAGUGGUGACCCCAAGGGCCGGGGGACAUACAGUGACUGGUGUACAGUAGCACUACCAAUACAGCAGAUGUCUCUAAAACAAAACAAAAAAAAAAGGUUCAUUAAACCUGUUGUUUGAAUUUUAGUUUGUAGAUUUUGCACUGUCCAUAUAUGUUCGUUUUUCUUCGUUUGUUUGUGAGAUUUUUUUUAAAACUAUGAUUUUAAAGAUUGUUUUAUUAAACCGGUGAUGUCAUGACUCACAUGUUUGGAAAUGAAGUAUAAAUCUAAAUAUGUAAAACUAGAAAUUACGUUAGGGGAAAAAAAAGCUCAAAGAUUAUUUACUGUUCGGUUCUGGUUGUGAUCACGUUGGUUACCAAAGAGCGAAAAUGAUUAAAUAUAACCUGCCGUUUACCCUGAUGUGGACUCAGUCUGAAUUGUGAAUGCAACUCCUUGCAUUAUGGUCCAAGCAUUGAGAGGUUUUGGAAGAACACAUGCUAGGACCAGAUAGGGCUUUCAGAUGAAUUACUGUCAUGUUACCUUUCUGCUAGGUUUCUCUUCAGUUUUUUAUGGCUCUGUAUGUAAAUACAUAGAAAAAGGUGACAUUUGACUUAUUUUCAACUCAUUUUCAGACUUUGUACAUUUUCUAGAGCCCCCCCCCCCCCCCCGUUUGUUAUUGGAAAGGAGUGGUUUCCUUGUGACUAUUUAUUCUGAAAAUCACAGAUCACAGAGCAGUCAGAUAGAGGCAAGAUGAAAGUUGGGCUGGGAGGGAAAACGGAUGUCAGGAGCGCCUGUGGGCUGCAUUUUACAAUGAUUAUUCCCAUUGGGUCAGUUUUCCACUUUCUAACACAACUUUAAGAUGGUACUCAAAACUGACAAACAAAAAUACGCAACAAUAUUCAACAAGCUUUUAUCCCCCACCACCACCACCACCAAUCCCACCUUGGUUCUUUAAAGCAGAGUAAAUGUGGUCUCUAUGAGCCAUAAACUGAGAUGAUGGGCGUGAGACUUCAUAAACCCCCGAACAGCCAUAAAGGCCACGAGGUUUAAUCACCUGUGACCAAAGUGUGUCUCACGGCUCCGCUGGGAUGUGAUUGAGCACUUUGUUGGCGCAGACUCAUCUCACGAUGGGACGAUGCGCGUGAUGUCCUGAUCUCAGAAGGUGUAGGAGGAAGUUGAAGAGAUGAUCAAGUGAUGAACUGAGCAGGGUGUGGAGAUGAAGGCAGGCUGCUACCCCCCUUGUGUACGUCUGUAUAAUAAAACAUGGUGGUAUUUAAAGAGUGCGUCUUCGUUUAAUUUCCCUUGCUCUCUCUU